CUUCUCCCCUCUCCUCCAAAUCGCACCCCCUCGGCCCUCGCUUCCCACUCCGGAUCCCUCACCACGUUUCGCGCGCUAAACAUAGGCGAGCUCCGACGCGUACGAUCGCGCACACAGAAUUCCCCAUUGCUGUCGAAUCCCCCCGCGCGAUCGCGUUUCUCGUCCCCAAAAAUCGAGGCCGCAUUUCGGAUGAUUGGAGUGGAUUGGAUUGGAUUGGAUUCCAUUCGAUUCCAAUCCUAGGCUCGGAUCGGAGGCGAUGAACAUCGUGCGGGGCGUCGCCGAUCUCCUCCGCAAGUCGCCGCCCCCCGCGGCCUCCGAUCCCGCGUCCGCACCCGCCUCCUCCAGCGGCGGCGGCCGGUCCUUCCUCGCCGCCGACCUCGACGACGCUCCCACCCCCCGGGUCGUCUUCAGUGAUGUCAUGGAGGAGGGGGUUCUAAAUACACUUUGGAAGAAGUACGAGAAUGCACUGGAUAAGGUCGAAAAGGAGAAAUCCUUGCAAUUUUUUGUGUUACAAUUUGUACAGACAUUUAGAGAUUGGGGACCACAGCCUACUGAGGAAUUGGUUGAUCAAGAAUUUGGAUCUGAUGGAACAGUUGUGGGAUGCUCUUGCGGGCAUCCUUCUGAGGUCAUUCUUAUUCUGAUUCAGGAGAUUUCUCUAAUUACGUCAACUAUCACUGAAAGUGGCAGCAGUCCUGAAUCUCCUUCAAGCCAUCAUUCAGAGCAACUAAAAAACCUGGGAUUAAGCACUGAAAGAUUACAAGUUUUGGAGUGCUUGACAAUUCUGACUCGCUCCUUGCAUAACUGUAGAGUAUUUAGCUACUACGGUGGUGUGCAGAGGGUUACUUCUCUACUAAAAGCUGCAGUUGCUCAGCUCAAAAGCUUGAACAGUUUGCUUGCUUCAGAUGACCAAUCUUCAGAUGAAGCAGUAGAAAAUACUAGGAUGAUGCUAAAUGUACUUGUUUGGAUAAUCACAAUAAUUUCAAACUUCAUGAAGUUGGAGCUAAUCAUUUCAAGGAUUCCCUGUUUUGUCAAGACCACUAAGUAUACCCCAUCAAACAGCCAUUUGGCCACAGUUACUUCAAGUACUCUAGAAAGCACCAUUUCUGAUACACUUCGCCAUUGGCAGCAGAAGGCUAUUGUUCUUGUGAUGGAAGCCGGUGGUGUCAAUUGGUUAGUAGAACUCUUACGGGUCAUUCAAAGACUGAAUGUGAAAGAGCAUUGGACUGAUCUCUCACUUCAUUUUAUCACUCUGGGCACUCUGCGAUCAACUGUUUCUGGUACCCGUGCGCAGAAUCAUUUCAGAAGCAUUGGUGGGUUGGAAAUUCUACUGGAUGGGCUAGGACUGCCUUCUAGUAAAUUUUCGGUUUCGAAGCAUUCAUCUAUCUCAACAGAUGAAAGGGGUGAAAUACUCAUGCUCCAGAUACAAUACUUGCAAACUCUGAGUGAGGCAGUAUUUGGCAAUGUCAACAGUAUGCAAUUUUUGUGUGAAAGUGGACGUGUACACAAAUUUGCAAACUGCAUCUGUUGGCCUGCAUUUAUGAUCCAGGAGUUCCAUCGGCAAAACGAUAACACUGGGGCUUCACUCGCUCUAGAUUCUAUCUCUGGUCCAAUUUAUUUUCUUGAUAUAACCGAAUGGAAUGACUACUCUGUAAAGUUGAGCAAUGCUCUAUGUUCUUUUAUUCUUCCUUCGAAGGAUAUGAAAUACUGUUCCGAUGAAACUGCCAGCAGCCAAAUUUCAGUAUCCGUCCCAUCAGCAUACCGGGAGCAAUCUGUGAGAUGGAUCAUUAGGGUUCUUCUGACCGUCUUUCUAUGCAUCAAAGCUUGUACUAGUGAAACUGAACUGCCAAACCAUAUAAAGGUUUUAGCAAAAACCCUUCAAUAUUACAUGGUUCGGAUGUUCAGAAGGGUUCUUAUUUCAACACCAGCUUUACUCACAGCUUUUCGAGUGGAAGGUGUAUGGGACCUGAUAUUCUCAGAGAUUUUUUUCUAUUUUGGGUCACCUGUAGAAGAUGGCCAUUUUCAUAUUGUUUCAGAGAUUCAAAAUGGUGAUGUUAAUAAUAAUAGAAUAUCAACUGAUUCUGAAAGCUCGUAUCUUACUGAUGUUAACAUUCUUCAAGUGGAAGCUAUUUCCUUAUUGGAGUUUGCUGCAACACUCAACGAAAACACAUAUAACAUGCCAGAAUGUUCGGCGCUGCUAGAUGCACUUGAACAUUGCAUUUCUGAUCCUUUGGUGGUCAGUGUUGUUCUUAAAAGUUUCCGUGUUAUUCUACAACUUGCCCCAGAACAAACUUUAGCUUCAUUCAAAUCAUUGGAUAUAAUUACAAGAGUCCUUAAGGCGGCAUGCCGUCAGGCACAAGAACUACAAAACUUCAGCAACUUGGUUUGUUUUGAUGUUAUCGUCAGUGGAGAUGGCUCCCAGUUUAAAAAUAUUGAAGGCAGAACUGAGAACGCUCUUAUAUGUGUAGAGUUAGCUUUUAGCCUUUUUAAGGAAUAUGUCACUAUAUUGAAGGCUGGAAGAAUUCUCGUUUUGCACAAUGCUGACUGUAUUGAGUGUUUAUUCGACUUGUUCCAAGAAGAAAACCUUCGAAAGAAUGUGCUGGAGCAAGUUCUUGCCUUAUUUAGGUUGCCUUCUUCGUCACCACAAGAUCAUGCAGCAAAGUUGCAGCUAUGCUCCAAAUAUUUAGAGAACUUUGCACGAGCAAAUGAAAAAGAAAAGGUUGAGUCAGAAUUGUUAAUUGAUCUGCUGUUCAACAUGAGAGAGAUCAUAAUGAUAGAUCACAUGUACUAUCAAAAUCUGUUCCGCGAUGGAGGGUGUUUUCUGCAUAUUGUCUCUUUGUUGAAUGGAACAUUCAAUGAGGUAACUGAUGAGCGGUUGGUCCUUAAUGUCCUUGAGACGUUAACCUUAUUACUUGAAGGAAACGAUGCAUCUAAGGGUGCCUUUAGAUUGCUAGUUGGUGGGGGUUAUCAAAUGUUACAGAGCUUGCUACUGGAUUUCUACAAAUGGUCACCGAGUGAGAGCCUCUUGGAUGCAUUGCUUAGCAUGCUGGUUGAUGGGAAGUUUGAGUUAAAUGAGAAAACAACAAUAAAGAAUGAAGAUGCCAUUGCGUUAUUUUUCAAUAUUUUACAGAAGAGCAGCACAUCACUUCAGCAUUAUGGGCUUGUUGUCUUGCAGCAGUUGCUCAAGCAAUCCAUUGCAAAUAGAACCUCUUGUUUCAGAGCAGGAUUGCUAAGUUAUCUUCUUGAUUGGUUUUCAAUAGAGGAAAAGAAUGACACAGUUAUCGAAAUUGCGGAGUUAAUACAGAUAAUUGGUGCACACAGUAUAUGUGGCAAAGACAUUCGGAAAAUCUUUGCCCUCUUGCGUUGUGAGAAGAUUGGUGCCAAGCAGAAGCACACUUCUUUGCUUUUGACAAGUCUCAGUCACAUGCUCAAGGAAAAGGGACCAGAAGCUUUCUUUGAGUUCAGUGGCAAUGAUUCUGGCAUAGAUAUAAAAUCACCCUUCCUAUGGCCUUACAAUAGAGGGCUAUCUUUUUCUUGCUGGUUAAGGGUUGAAAACUUCCAAGACAAUGGUAUGAUGGGCCUUUUCUCCUUUUUCACAGAAGAUGGAAAGGGGUGCUCAGCUGUGCUUAACAAAAGUGCUCUAGUAUAUGAGUCUAUCAACCAAAAACAUCAGUGUGUUCUAUUACCACUCAAGAUCCCACCGAAGGAAUGGAGAUUCCUUUCUGUUACUCAUACAAUUGGGAGGGCUUUCUCGGGAGGAAGUCAACUGAGGUGUUACAUAGAUGGGGAGCUAGUAUCAUCCGAGAAGUGUGGGUAUGCAAAAGUCAAUGAGGCAAUGACACACUGCACCAUUGGUACAGAAUUGAUGCCUGUUGGUGAAGAAUCUAUCUCUAUUGGUUUCGAAAAAACCUUUGCCUUUAAUGGUCAAAUGGGCCCAGUCUAUGUGUUUUCUGAUGCCCUCUCUUCAGAGCAAAUAAAAGGCAUAUAUUUUCUAGGACCAAGUUAUAUGUACUCUUUCCAUGGAGAUGAUUCACUUUACAGAGGAAUUCUUGAUUCAAGAGACGGCAUUUCAUCAAAGAUAAUCUUUGGUCUCAAUGCACAGGCUACUGAUGGUAGGAGUUUGUUCAGUGUGUCGUCUGCACUCGAUAGUGCUGACAAAAGUACAUUCGAAGCUACAAUCAUGAGGGGGACAAAGCUAUGUUCGCGACACUUGCCACAGGAUAUUAUUUACUGUGUUGGUGGUGUCUCCGUGUUUUUCCCACUCUUCACUCAAUUUUGUGAUUCUGCAACUGAUGUUGUGCAAUCUUGCCAUACAUAUGUCAGUAACGAUAAAUUGGCUGCUGAGGUCAUUGAGCUAGUUGCAACUGUUCUGGAUGGAAAUGUAUCAAAUCAGCAACAGAUGUAUCUUCUUUCUGGGUUAUCUAUUCUAGGCUUCUUGCUUCAAUCUGCUACACCUCAGCUGUUAAACAUCAAAACACUUUCCUCACUGAAGUAUAUGUUCAACAUUCUAAGGAACUGCGGAAUGUCAAAAGUUCUGCUGAAAGAUGCUAUUUCACAAAUUUAUUUAAAUCCACAAAUAUGGGUAUAUGCAAGCUAUGAAGUACAGAGUGAUCUUUAUAUGUUUCUGGUAAAAUAUUUUGAAACGGAUGGAAGGCUUUUACCAGUACUAUGUGGACUUCCUAAGAUUAUUGACAUUGUGCGCCAAUAUUACUGGGAAAAGGUAGAUUCUAGGUAUGUUGUUGCUUCCAAGCCUUUGCUGCAUCCAGUUACCAAACAAGUUAUUGGAGAGAGACCUAAGACAGAAGAAAUAUGCAAGCUUCGGCUUCUCCUUCUGAGUUUAGCAGAAAUGAGCUUAAAGCUAAAAAUUUCUCCAGAUGAUAUAAGAGCACUUGUAUCCCUUUUCGAGAGAAGUCAAGACAUAGCAUGCAUCGAGGAUAUAUUGAACACAAUAAUCCGUGUUCUUUCACAGAGUUCAGUUUUGUCAUCUUUCUUGGAGAACGUAAAUUGCCUUGGCGGUUGUUGCAUUUUCAUCAAUCUUCUUAAGAGGGAAUAUGAACCAGUCCGACUGUUGGGGCUUCAGCUCCUUGGAAAGCUUUUGGCUGGGAUUCCAUCUGAGAAGAAAGGAACAGAACUAUUUCCGUUACCCAUAGGGCAGUGUAGACCCAUCGCUGAAAACUUAAGAAAGGAAAUAACAGUUGCACCUCAAUUGUUCUUAGAUACAGUGUCUGAAAGGCUCUUCAAAUUUCCGCUCUCAGAUAAUUUAUGUGCCGCACUUUUCAGUGUUCUUCUUGGUGGAACCAGUCCACAACAGGUCCUCCAGGAAAAUUCUCAGUUUGAUCCAUCAAAAGAUAAAACUUGCAACCUUUCAAGCUUGGGACCUUUUCCCGUUCCUCAGAUUUUGGUCUGCAUCUUUAGAUAUAUGCACUCUUGUCAAGAUUCUUCUGCACGUACAAGAAUCUUACAUGAUAUUCUUGGUUUAUUGGAUUUAAACCCUUCAAACAUCGAGGCCUUAGUGGAGCACAGUUGGAUCUCUUGGCUUGAAACAUCUACAAAGCUUGAUGUAUUUAAGGACUACAAAUCAGUUUCUAAAGGUGAGCUUGACAAUGUGGAGACCGAUGAACUAAUUCUCGUGAGGAACUUGUAUUCUUUGGUCCUUUCAUACUACCUGCGCUCUGUAAGAGGUGGCUGGCAUCAGCUUGACGAUACAGUUAACUUUUUUCUUUUGAAAAUUGACCAGGGACAGUUAUCAAGUUUGUAUUUGCUGCGGGACAUACUUGAUGAUAUCGCGGGGAGCCUGCUUCUGACAUCUGUGGAAGAAAAUAUUUUCCUUUUGCAGCCAUGCUGCGAUAAUGCAUUAUAUUUUUUGAAGCUUAUACAAGAGUUGAUUGUCAAUCAAAUUGGAAUUAAGCUCUUGUUUCCAUCUCCUAGUCUUCCAAAGGAAUCUUCACAGGAUAAAAUAUGGAAAGAAGAUAUUAAGUCGACAAUUAAUGAAAAUUUAAAUGCUGAGACCAAUGGUCAAUGCACAAGCUUGCUUUGGAGAGCUUUCAAAUUUUAUGAUGGAGAUAAAGUUAGUGAUGAUUGGUGGAGCUUCUUUGACAAGGUAUGGAAUAUUAUAUGUAAUUUGAAUGGCCAAGGACCAAGCAAAUUUCUGCCAAAGGGUCCAAAUGUUGAGGUUGUGUCUUUGGGGCAAAGGGCACGUGGAUUGGUGGAGUCUUUGAAUGUCCCUGCUGCAGAAAGGGCUGCUGUUGUUGUAUCUGGAGGUAUUGGUACUGCAUUAGGUGCAAAAAUGAAUAGAUUUGCUGACAAAGCUACAACUUCGAGGAAAGAGAUAGUUCCAAGAGUUUUCUUCCACCUUGUGAUUCUGUACCUCUGCAAAGCUGGAUUAGAAAAUGCAUCCAAGUGUAUCAUGCAGUUCAUGUCAUUGCUUCCCAUUCUUCUAGUUUCUGAAGAUGACGAAAGCAAAAAUAAGCUGCAUUUUUUGAUUUGGUCUUUACUAAUUGUAAGAUCACAAUAUGGGCAGCUUGAUGACGGCGCACGCUUCCAUGUUUUAUCUCACUUGAUUCUUGAAACUGUCAUAUCUGGAAAGUCCAUAUUUGUUAAUAAUAUCUUGGGCAGAGAUGAUUCCGUGGAAAUCAACAACAAUAAAGAGACUGGGUUCAUUCUUAGCUUUAUACAGAAGGAUCGUGUUCUUGCCGCGGCUGCUGAUGAGGUUAAGCACAUGAAGGCUGUUGAGGCUGAUCGCUUAAAGCAGCUGCAAGAACUCCACUCUAAGCUUAAUGAGUAUUCCACCAAGGAGACACAGCUACUGCAGACCAUUGAAGAUGAGAUACAUUUUACUAUCACUGCUGCGCUUUCCGCAGAUGACAGUAGAAAAGCAAUUUCUCAACUAGCUUUUGAUGAGGAUCAGCAAAUUGUCGCGAAUAAGUGGAUACAUAUUUCCCGUGCUCUGAUGGAUGAGAGGGGACCAUGGUCUGCUAACCCUUUUCCAAAUAAUGUUGUGACUCACUGGAAACUUGACAAGACAGAGGAUAAAUGGAGGCGGCGGUUCAAGCUCAAGCGUAAUUACAAAUUCGAUGAGCGGCUUUGUCAUCCUUCAAACUCAAGGAAUGAAAGCUCAGUGCUUUCUGUUGACCAACCUUCUCUUAGUACCAAAAUUCCUGAUAAACUAAAGCGGUUCCUUCUGAAAGGAGUGCGGGGAAUCACAGAGGACAGUGGUUACGAACCAUUCGAAGACACAAAUGAUACAAAUGAAUCUUCCCAAAAUACUCCUUCAGAGGACCAAAACCUGAAUAACGCUGCAGAUUCCUCUGAAUAUCGCAUUGCUACUCAUAAUAAGAAAGAACCAUCAUCUACUAAUGGAGAUAACGAUUACACGAAGGUGUUAUGUUCAGUUUGCUGUGUUCUUGUAACCCCAAAGAGAAAACUAGCAGGGCAAUUAGAUAUCACACGAACUGUUAUGCAUUUUUAUUUUGAAUUUUUGGUUGAAGGAACUGGAGGAUCAUCUGUUUUCAGCAAGUUUAAAGACAAAAAAGAUCCAGACUGCAAGAAAGAGCUGGGAGGUGUGGAAAGACUUGAUGGAUGCCGAGACAUUCUGAUUGAAACCAACGGUGUUUUGAUGCAAAACCAAUCUAACAAGAUCAAACGUCACAGAAGGUGGAACAUAACCAAGAUAAAAGCAGUUCACUGGACACGCUACCUACUACAAUAUACGGCAUUGGAGAUCUUCUGUGAUGAUUCAAGUGCUCCUAUAUUUUUAAACUUUUCCUCCCAAAAGGAUGCUAAAAAUGCUGGGUCUCUCUUAGUUUCUCUUAGGAAUGAAGCUUUGUUCCCUAAAGGAAGUACCAAAGACAAAAAUAGUAUCAUUUCAUUCAUUGACAGGCGAGUCACACUUGAAAUGGCUGAGAAUGCCAGGGAACAAUGGAAAAGGAGGGAAAUCAGUAACUUUGAGUAUCUUAUGAUUAUUAACACCCUUGCUGGACGAUCUUACAAUGACUUAACUCAGUAUCCUAUAUUUCCAUGGGUAUUGGCUGAUUACACCUCAGAAAAACUUGAUUUCAAUAAGUCAUCUACUUUUAGGGAUCUUUCGAAACCAGUUGGUGCUUUGGAUGAAAAACGCUUCAAGGUUUUUGAAGAUAGGUAUCUUAAUUUCUGCGAUCCUGAUAUACCUAGUUUUUAUUACGGAUCUCACUACUCUAGCAUGGGGAUCGUUCUUCAUUACAUGCUUAGGCUCGAGCCUUUUACAGCCCUGCAUCUUAGCCUUCAGGGUGGUAAGUUUGACCAUGCAGAUCGCCUGUUCCAUAGCAUUGACAGUGCUUACAGAAAUAGCUUAUCAAAUACAAGUGAUGUGAAAGAGCUUAUUCCUGAAUUCUUUUACAUGCCCGAAUUUCUUGAAAAUUCAAAUUCAUAUCAUCUUGGUGUCAAGCAGGAUGGUGAGGCUUUAGGUGAUGUUGCUCUCCCUCCAUGGGCAAAGGGUUCUCCUGAAGAAUUCAUCCACAUCAACCGACAAGCCCUUGAAAGUGAAUAUGUGAGCUCAAACCUCCAUCACUGGAUUGACCUCAUGUUUGGUUACAAGCAGCGUGGACAGCCUGCCUUUGAGGCAGCAAACAUAUUUUACUAUGUGACAUAUGAAGGUGCAGUUGAUCUGGAAAAUAUGGAUGACAUGUUGCAGAAGUCUGCUAUUGAGGAUCAGAUAGCGAAUUUUGGACAGACACCAAUCCAGAUCUUCCGGAUGAAACAUCCAAGAAGAGGGCCUCCUAUCCCAGUUGCUCAUCCACUGUAUUUUGCCCCAAAAUCAAUAACACUGACUUCAAGUGUUUCUAGUACAAUCAGCCACAUGUCUGCUGUAUUAUUUGUCGGUUUGUUGGAGAACACAAUUAUAUUGAUGAAUGAGGGACUUGUAUUGUCAGUAAAGCUGUGGUUGACAACACAGCUGCAGUCAGGUGGAAAUUUCACAUUUUCUGGACCACAGGAACAUUUCUUUGGAGUCGGUUCAGAUGUUAUCUCUCCCCGUAAAAUUGGCACUUUCUUAGCUGAAAAUGUUGAGUUUGGAAGACAGUGUUUAGCAACAAUGCAAAAUAAUGGCGAUAAUUAUUUGAUUUUAUGUGGAAAUUGGGAGAACAGCUUCCAGAUAAUUUCUCUUAGUGAUGGAAGAAUUGUGCAGAGCAUCAGGCAACAUAAGGAUGUUGUUGGCUGUGUUGCAGUUUCAUCUGACGGAAACGUGGUUGCAACUGGUAGUUAUGACACAACUGUUAUGAUCUGGCAUGUGUUUCGAGGAAGACCGAGUGAUAAAAAAUUAAGGAACGCAAAUUUUGAACUUUCGGAGGACCAUGUUAUAAUGGAAAGGCCUGUUCAUAUCUUAUGUGGUCAUGAUGACAUUAUAACAUGUUUAUUUGUUAGCACGGAACUGGACAUUGUUAUUAGUGGUUCAAAAGAUGGAACCUGUAUUUUUCAUACACUGCGUGAAGGGAGAUACGUUCGGUCCAUUCGCAAUCCUUCAGACAUGGGUUUGUCGAAAUUGGUGGCAUCACAGCAUGGGAGGGUGGUAUUAUAUUCUGUGAGUGACCUCUCCUUGCACAUGUACUCCAUCAAUGGGAAACAUAUUGCUUCUUCAGCAUCAAGUGGACGUCUCAAUUGCAUGGAACUUAGUCGUUGUGGAGAGUUCAUGGUUUGCGCCGGUGAGCAUGGGCAAAUAGUUCUACGUUCUAUGCAUUCUCUUGAUAUUGUUUGGAGGUAUGAUGGAGCUGGGAAGGCAAUUACUUCUCUAACUGUGACCCCUGAGGAGUGCUUCCUAGCAGGAACCAAGGACGGUUGCUUGCUUGUAUUUUCAAUAGAAACUCCUCUCCUUCGAAGGGGGAGCUUGCCACGGAAUAGAAUCAAGCCGUCCACAACUGGUUAAGUCGUGAUGAACUUCUGGCUCCAAAAAAUCCUCCCUUCAAGCUAUAAGCAUGAGGUCAUUAACAGAAAAAAAAAACGCACAGAAAUGUUUCCAUGCUCAUUUAGUCUGUACAUAAAGCCCAGUUUUGUCGUUCGAGAACAUUACAUAAAAGCUGAGAUUCAGGAAUGAGGAUCCUCAACAGCUGAUGAUGAUCCCAUGAGCAGUCAAUCUGAUAGUAGUGAACUAAUAUGCUGAACAUUGAUUAGCACUAGAUCCAUGGUUGACUUCAAGGUAGGCGCAAGCAUCUUCAGUCUCCGCUCGGUAGGAACUGACAUAUAUCACAAUUUUACUGAGGUGUAGCAUACCAUUUCUGCUGUUGUUUUGUGGAGUAAUACUAUUCCCUCCAACAGUAUGCAUUUCUAUGUAUUACAAAUGUAGGUUGUUUUAGACU